AGUUUACAGAACUUUCUCGGCUGAUGGCACCGAUGUUUAAUAUACCCUUUGCCAGCCACACGACUCAAAGGAUCAAGACACUUCUCCUCUUUUCAAUGAGUCUGCUCAGAUCCAGGAAGAUUUUAGAUUCCUUUUAACUGAUUUUAUUCCACAGCUUCUCUUUUUUUUUUUGGUUACAUUUUUUUAUCUAUUGAAGCACACAGCAAGAGACUGCACUGCCUGAAGAUUGUUCUGCCUGUACGGAAAUUACAGUUAUCAUAAUCUGGUUGACAUUUUCCAGUCACAGCUAAAUACAAAUAAUGUCUGACAGUCAGUUGCCCUUCACCUGCCAUUACCCAUCUAACAGACACAGGGGAAGUCGUGAUCCUUUUCGGGAACAAGGACUGUCAUCUCGUCUUCUUGAUGAUGAUUUUGGCAUUCCACCUUUUUCAGAUGAUUUAACCAUGAACUGGCCCGACUGGGUAAGGCCCAGACUGACUUCCUCCUGGUCAGGCCCUUUGAGAUCGGGCUUGGUGAGAACGUCGGGCAUCUCCCCUCCCGUAUAUAAUUUUAGUUACACGGGUAAUCCGGAACCUCGUAACACUGUAGCAAAUGUCAGCCAACCGUGGAAGGUCUGCGUAAAUGUGCAAACUUUCAUGCCAGAGGAACUGACAGUUAAAACGAAGGAUGGCUUUGUAGAAGUUUCAGGUAACCAUGAAGAGCAACAGAAGGAAGGAGGAAUUGUCUCUAAAAACUUCACCAAAAAAAUUCAGUUGCCUCCAGAAGUGGAUGCACUGACUGUUUUUGCCUCGCUGUCUCCUGAAGGCCUUCUUAUCAUUGAAGCACCUUUGGUGCCUCCCUAUAACCAGCAGGGAGAUGAUAGUUACACAUAUGAGCUGCCUCUAGAUCCUCAAGAAGUCUGUGCUUCCUAAAAUCCUUCAAUAAAAAACCUCAGUUGAGGAACAAAAUGUGGAUUCCAAAGAAUUUUGAAAUAGUCAAGCAGUUUCAUACUUUUGAAUAUUGUGUAUUUUAAUCCUAAUAUGAAAGUAAUUUUACUGUAGUUUACUGUAGAGUAAAAAUGAAUCAAACAUGUCUUUCAUUUGCCUCACUGUGAUUUUGGAUGUCAGAUAUAAAAUUCCUAAUCAUUUUUGUUUACUGAUUAUGAAUUACUCUCAUUUACAGAACUGUUUCAGCAAAACUGCUUACCAAAGAGUUAGGUUUUCUUUGAUUAAUGUAAUAAAAUCGAAAAAUAUUCCAUUUGUCUGCAUGGACAACUGUGGUCUGGCUUAUAUGCAUAUUAUCAUUGUUAGUUCUAUCUUACAAAAAGGAACUGUGCUGGUAACUAAAAGCCUACUGGCUUAUUUAGUAUCUCUAAUUUAUAGCAUGCCAACAUUCUACUGUGAUAUGCAGAAGCUUAGACAUACAGAUAUUCAUGACAGGCAGUUAAAAUAAAGGCAACAUUUAAACAAA